UUAUUAUUUGAAAAAUUGUGGUUUUAUUUCUCAGAAAUAUAUGUUUACAAUUUUAUAUUGUCUUAUGAUAAGGACUUGAACAAAAGAAAAUGAAUCCUUAGAUGUUUUGGAAAGGAGAAAUAUGAAGAUUUAUAUUUGUUUGUUUGGUUUUGCCUUCUUACUUGCUUCUGUUGAUGGAGGGGUUGGAAGAAACGGAUUAGGUUUGAGAGAUCAGUUUUACGACAAUGAUGAGAUUAUGAAUGAUGGUCCUGUGAUUCAAUGUGACAAUUAUAAUGAAAAACCAAACUUAUCUGAAGGUCCUUGUUCUGCAGAGGAUCUUGACCAGAACGGGUUUUGCAAUAAGACUCAGAUAUGUCGGCCCGGCAGCCAUUGUUUUAUGAGUUGGAGAAACGAUUCUGGCGUUAUUAAAAUUCUAAAUAGUGGAUGUUGGCUCAAACAUCAUGAGUGUGUCAACAGAUUUGAAUGCAGAGCUUCUAAUGAUAGUCAUAGAAAUGGAGUUUAUUAUUGUUGCUGUGAAGGAAGUUUUUGUCACAGAAAAUUUUAUCUUGAUCCCGCAGCUGAUCCUGCUAUCGAAGACACAGAACCAGAGGUGGCAGAAAGCUACAAUGAAUGGCUUAUUCUGGUCUACGUACUUGUACCAUUGAUUGUUGUUUGUGCUAUCGUCGUAUUUGCAUUCUGGGUCUACAGAAAUAAACAAAUUGGAUUAGAGGCUUUGGAUGGAAUCAGUGUGGCCACUCCUGCAACUGCAGACACACGAUGUACAACAGUGAUGUAUCAGCAUGCCAUGGAAUUACCAACCCCAGAGUUACUGGAAGUGAAAGCUCGUGGUAGAUUCGGUAAAGUAUGGAGAGCCCAACUACAUGAUUCAAUUGUUGCUGUCAAAACUUUCGAUCACAAUGAAAAAGCAUCUUGGGAGAAUGAGCAAGAGAUAUUCACGACUCCUCUAAUGACAACUCACGAUAAUAUACUGAAGUUUUUAGCGGCAUCAAAUCGUGGUGGAGGAUUGGAUUCUGAGUUAUGGCUCAUCACAGAAUUCUAUGAGAAGGGCUCUCUGGCAGAUUAUUUGAAAGUUCACAAAGUAUCUUUGGAUGAAGCUUUGCGUAUUGUAUGGUCAAUGGCUCAUGGAAUGUCUUUCCUGCAUGAAGAAAGGAUCACCUCUAAGGGUGAACACAAGCCUGCAAUUGCUCACCGUGAUUUCAAGAGUAAAAAUGUAUUAUUGGAUCAGAAUUUAAAUGCAGUUAUUGCCGAUUUUGGUCUGGCAGUCAAAUUCACACACGGAGAAAGCCCUGGAGAAGUCCAUGGUCAAGUUGGCACUCUGAGAUACUUUUCACCAGAAGUUUUAGAAGGAGCAAUCAGCUUUCAGAAAGAUGCUUUUAUACGUAUUGAUAUGUAUGCAUUCGCACUCGUCGUAUGGGAGAUCAUGACUCGAUGUCCCUUUGGAUCUGAAGAUUGUGGGGAAUUUCUUCUUCCUUUUGAAGAGGAAUUCGGGAACCAUUUAUCAAUGGAUCAAUUACAAGAUUGGGUUUGUGAAAAGAAAUUGAGACCUUGCGUUAAAGAUGAGUGGAGAAGAGACAAGAUAAUGUCCACCUUAAGUGACACAAUAGAAGAAUGUUGGGACCAUGAUGCCGAAGCCAGAUUGUCAGCAGGAUGCGUGGAAUUAAGGGUCAAAGGUCUUCAAAGACAGAGACUGAUAUUAGAGCCUGACGUGAAUGAAACCAGUGAAGGAAGUCCUCUGAUUAUGCCGUCACCUACUCAUGUUAUCAAUAAUACUGAAACAAUGAAUCAGCUCAAUAUCCAGAGAAACAACAUAACAAGCGAAAACAAUAAAAACCAACAAAUGAAUGGACAAGUUGGAUCAAGAACAACACCACCUGACGACCCCACUCAAAGUUUGAAUAAUCAUAAUGAAAAGGGUGAUGCGUACGUUGCACAACAACUCGAUGAUGAUCACGAUUCUGGCACUUUUGCUAACGAGGACACUUUGUCACACGAUGGCAUGAUGGAGCAACUAAUUGCGGAAAACACAGACAGCGUACCACAAGUCCAAAUCGUAGAUGGUGAUGGGGACUCUGCGACAUCACUUUUAGCUUCAGAUGAUCAAGAAACAGACCUUUGAAUCCAUCAGACAGACAAUUCAAAUCACAUAAAAUAGCUUUGUGGUUAUUUUUGCUGACAAAGAGCACAUUUUGCUUUGAUUCAUACGGUUUGCUGAAUACUAGAUUCCCGCAAACAAUAAUGCUUGUACAUACACCUUUUUAACAAGAUCAAUAUUUUUGUGUUUUGAAAAAAUAAAAAUUUCGAUUAUGCUGUUACCAGAGCUGAUAAAUAAUUAUAUUCAUUUAAUUUAACUUUGUUUUCACAAAGUUGUCUUUAUAAUAAAUGAGUUUUGUAGACUUUUAGGAAGUUUAAUGUGGCUCUUUCAUUAACUCAACAAGCCUAAUUUGUGGCGAUUAUUUCACUAAUGAAUACUUGGUCCUCAUGUAGUAUGUGAACCAAGAUGGCGGACACAGGAACGUAGUAUGUGUGCCAGGUUGGGGUUAGGCCAUAUUGUCAGAAAGAAAUCCCACAGGAGUCACUUGGCUAGUCCCUGAACUCGGUAGUGGAACUAAAACAAGGAAAAAUAAGAAUAAAAUUAUGUCUUAACCCUAUUCUGGUACGCGUACUACGUUCCGAUGUCCGCCAUCUUGAUUUACAUACUCCGGGGGCGCCGAAUAUUUUAAACUUUUGUUGACUCUGAAUAGCCAUUAUGAUAUAUCUAAUACUGAUGUUCCUGAUCUGUCAUUGUGCUUUUUGUUAGUUCUGUUUAAUUUGUCUCCCUGCCUUGGAAUAAGGGCUGCAAGGUGAUAUGUAGUUAUUUUCUAUUUUGCUAUGUUUUAGUUACAAUGCUUAUUUUGCCAACUCUUGACUGAUAGUGCGAUAAGGAAUUUAAAAGAACUUGUAGUACCAUUGUAUGUCCUUUCUAUAUUUUCCUAUAUCAAGAUUUUAAGCUUAGUACUGAAUUGCUGAACCGCGAGUCCGGGAGGUUUUUGGCGUGUGCAUAUUUCAACAUUCUUAGAUUCUUCAGUGAAGUAAAAUUAUGAAUUUUGAAAACUAGUCAUGUUCAUAACAAUUUAUUUCCCAUCAAAGUGGUUGCACUGGAAGAAAAUGGCCGACAACACGAAGCGUCACUCGUUGGUAAAUAAAUCUUUCCUAAUGUGAGUGAUAUUCAAUCACCUUUUUCUGUAAAUUUUAUGUAAAGUUCUUUUUUGCAUUGCUCCUUUGUUGAAAUUUUGAAAUCACAAAGUCAUGCUUUUCUCUUAUGUAGUAUACCAAUUUCAUCGAGGCCAGGUAUUCUCAAAAAAUUGCUUGAUCAGCAAAUUCUGUUCAUUUUACGAUUUUAAAGAAAAAUUUCAGAACCAGUGCCGAACCAGUUCAAUAAUUUUAAAUAUUCUCGAAGUUUUAUAACCUAUCGAAAUCCCGAGCCUCCUGACCUGAAAUUUAAAUAUCAGCAUAUUUUUACGACUAUUUUUUAUUGUUUUUCGAGAGUUAAUUCAAUUUCAGCAUCAAGGUUUUUUAGAGACCUGGAUCAUCAGCAAAUACUGGAAUAUUGAUUAGUAUUUGUUCAGAAACGGUUUAAGUUUAACAGCUACUUACAUUGCUAUUGGUUUUAUUUCGCCUCAAAUACUCAUCCGAACUAGGUAUAGAUUCUGUUUGGUCAAUCGCCAAUUGACUUUUUUUGGUACUAGUGAUAGAAUAAAGAGAUUUAACAGGGAUCUUUUACCAUCAUAAAUGUAACUAUCUUUUUCUGAUGCCUAGUAAAUAUCGCAAGUACCGCACGUACUGCUGUAUAUUUGAUUUUAUUCUUUAACUUACUAUAUUGGUUUUAAUAAUUCAGAUGGUCAGGUAUGGGUGAUAGCCGGUAGUUGGAUUCGACGAACUCACUAACAUCGGGUCCCCUCAUUCUAAAAUAUUUAAGUAAGCUAUGUCAGCAUGACACACUUUAUAUCAGUGGUUCCAAAGUUGAUUGACUGGGGGAGUCAAGAUACCAGUGUAAUUAAAUUGUUACCAAUAUACACGUGAAUAAACUGUGAUAAUGACGUACACGUAGCAACUGGUGAUAUCUAGAGCGCAAUAAGGUUAAAACAUGAAGUGUUAAACUAUUUCACGUAAGUUCGGCUGGCUAAUUAAAAUUACAGGACACAGUUUGUAACCGCAGCUCGAAAUGCCAAAUAUAACGCUAGUUGUCAGCUGUUAUGCACGUUACCUAUAAAUGGGUCGUCUAACAUUUAAAACAAGACCGGGUUUGUCGAUUAUUGCAACUUUCCAAAAAUGGGUCUGUCCGAAUCCCACCACUGGUGAUACCCCUUCAUUGUAUUUUUAUAUUUGAACUAGAAAGGCCUGUUUUGAUGGUGAAUAAGUAAUCAAGCAUUUGCUUCGGAAUGAGUUAUUAUUUUUGUAUACUUUCGUUCUUACUACCUUUUUAUAUAUUCACACCCAUUUGAACAGCUUAUUUUUUAUUUUGAUUUGAAUAUUUUUGACUGCAACAGUUCGUGUAGAUAGUACAUGCUAAAAAAUUGAGAAAAAGUGAAAUUAUUGAAAAAUUGAUUUCACAUUAAAUACUUAUUCUAAGUCUUCUAUUUCAAUAUUUGUGCAUAAAGAAACCGAACAGUAUACAUAAAUUAGGUUGUUUAUUCUAAGGACUAAUUGAUGCAAAAUCUAUGCCUAUGGUAAAGUUAUCAUCUUGAGGACUUGAAGAAUAUUAUCUUGUGUGAAUGCUUUGCCUCUUUUUACUUCAAAUUGCCAAUAUUUUUCCUUUGCUUUCAUGUCUGGAUUUUGUGUAAAUUUCAUUUUUAAAUUGUUCUACAUAAGGUAUAUUCACACGAAAUAAACGAGUCAAAAUUUAAC